AGGUAUUAGCUACUCCCAAAAAUCGUCACCACUGCAAGUAACAACAGGCAUGCACAGGAAUAUGGAACUACCUUCCCUGGCGCACACCAGUGUGGCAGCACUGGUAUAUCAGUUCGUGGUCGCCAUCGACGAACUACUCGGUCUCGGCUCCUUCUGCAAAACUGCAAUGUUCAAAGUAGCAGAAAUCGGUUUUUUCUGACAUUUGACGUCUUCAAAAACCUCAAUUAUGUCAGGCAGCAGUAGCAGUACCGCGAACACUCGGAAAGCCGUGGUGGGGCUUUCAUCGUCCCCGGUAGGCAUCAUUGGCACAGGGAUGAUGGCUGCCACCAUCCCUCGGGACCGCCCUGGCAAAGACACCCGUCCCAGUGUACUCCCAAACGCGGGACGCCGCUCGCGGCGAGCUCUGGCGGAGAAGAUCCAAAAAGGCGUGAGGUCUUCUGGCGUCUCAUUGGUUGGCGGAGAUUGGCGGGAGGUUGCGGAACAGUGUCCGGUCCUCAUACUCGCGGUACCGACAAAUAUCGGAACCUAUCAAAUGAAAGACAAAAAUGCGAAGUAGAAGUACCACGCCUUUGCUGGUGCUUUUUCGAAAAGAAACCGAUAUGACAGCACUAAGUAGAAGUAGUAUCAUACACAUACUCAUAGAAAUAGUAGAAUUACAAGGCCGAUGCGUGGGCAUCAUGUGUAAAUAAAAAACGCAUCGAGACAUACAAGGGCAGUUUGUUUCAAUUGGUUCCCAGCAUAGUAAGGAUGAUGGCGUCAAUGUUGUCCUGAAGCAAGAGUUUCUGGGGAAGGCAAUUCGCGGGAAGGGGAAGGUGCUUAUAGACAUCACCUAUUUCGGUCGCGGGGCUUGGACACGAGGGAACCCGGCGCGAAAUGGCUACGCUUCCGCUGUUGCUUAUCAUCGAGACUGCUUCGACAUGGGUGAAAACGGCGAUGCGAACCUGACAACUCAGCCGUCGAGAGUGAAUGCGGCAGCGACAACGCAUUGGGCCUCGGGCUUCAAAAGCGUGGCCUGGACCUCGCUCCGAGACGGGAAACGACAGGGAAUCGAGAUCGUGGGGGACGCGACAGGAAAAGCCGUAUUGGCAGAGAUAGUAUCCGCGAUCGGUUUUACUCCGCUCGACUGUGGUGAUAUUGAUUCCGGGUCGCCUCUCAUCGAGCCUGGUGGUCCCCAGCGGAAACCUCACCCAGGUGCGGACGUAUGAUUGUGAAACGUCACUCCUCCUAUAAUUGUCUGUUAUUCUGAGAAGCUGCAGUUCUGUUUUAUGAAGCAGGGUGCGAAAAAGUUGAACACCAUAACGCGCAAGUCUCGUACUGUGUUUUGUCCUUUGGAGUUUGUGGUGUGCAACAGAAUCGAUUCUGCCCCGUUGGUGGCGGCUUCCUCGCGGCCGCUGAACCAAAGCGUAAGCGUUUCGCUAAAGAUGUAGUUGGAUGGCAGCAGCAACGCAUUAGUUUCCAGGCAGAAACUGUGUACGUGCAGUUGACAAGCAGUGGAUACAAAUAGAAGACAUAUGGUGCGUGACUCUCGUUUAUUCGAUGUCAGCUAUUUCUUGCUUUUCUUUGUAAUUGUAUGAGGUAGAGGUUCAUGCCCAGGUCGUAGGUGGAUCACAAGUUGGUGUUUGAUCAUAGCCAGGUCCUCGGCGGAGACAACAAUUCAAUUUAAACUGGUUUUGGCGUAGUGCUCGCUCCUG